AUGGAAAGAAACACUAUGUACAACAAUUUUUCAACGAAUCAACUUCAACUUGAAACAUUUCCCGAUGAACUGUUCUUAGAAAUUUUUCAAUAUAUCGAGCCUAUCGAUCUUUACAAUUUCAAAGGUCUCAACAAACGAAUUGAUUGUCUUGUUCAAUGUGUAAAAUUGAAUAUUUUUAUUAACUUGUUCAAUGACUGUAAACUUGAUUAUAUAUCAAGUUUUUCACCCACGCAAAUCAUUCAUUUGCAAAUAUUUCGUAGUUGGCCAUCGAUGAAUUUACAUCGAAUGACUGAAAUACGAUCGCUUACAUUUGAUUGUAUUUAUCUUCCAAAAGAACAAAUAGAUCAAAUCAUAGAGACUAAUUUAUCUUGUCUAGAACGACUCACAAUUCAUAAUGUAGCACAUGAUCUACAAACACCAUUACUUGAUAUUCUCUUUCACGGUGAACACUUUCCAUCGCUCACGAUUUGUUAUCUCGAAUUGAAAUCUUAUUACAAUUUGACUUUAAAUGAUGCUCAAUCAUCAUCAGCAACAAAUAAUAAACUUCGCUGCUUUUUUGUUGAUAGAUGGAAAUGGAAUGAUCUUGGUUCUCUAUUCAAUCAAUUACCGAAUUUAUGUAGAUUUGAAACAACUUUUGAAAAGAAUUAUGCCAAUGUGAUUCGCUCGAUCAAACCUCACUUAACGAUCAAACAUUUGCGAGUUACACUCGAUGAUCCUUUACAUGAUUUGGAACGAUUAAUUCAACGGACGCCUAAUCUUAAUCGAUUGCGUGUUCGAGGAAAUCUUCGAAGAAAUCCUGUGAUUGAAUAUUUUGAAAAACUGGCAGAAUUUUUACCUUCUGUUGUCCCACUUCUCCAACGUUUUGAUUGUGAAAUUUAUUGUUGUUCAUUGGAUUCUGAAGGAAAUGAAUUCAUAAUACAACAAUUUCAUACAUUUUUCAAGAAUAUUCGAUACUUUUCUAGACAAGAUCAAAAUCAAUGCUACACGACUGAUAUGAAAACUUAUCUAUUUGACAAUAAAUAUGAAGAGUUUUCCAUGGCAACAAAUGAAAGUCAACGUGAAAUUCUUGAUAUUCAACCAAGAAAACAAUGGGAAAAUGGACAUGGAUAUUGUGGAGAAACAUCAAUUCAAUCGAUUGGUCUUUAUUAUGGUUGUUGGAUUUCUCAACAAUUAGUUCGUUCAAUAAAUCAAGGUGAAUUUCUAUUAACUGAUGAUGGAAAUGAUGAAGAGACUUUGAAAAGACUUCAUUUCAAUUAUGAACGUUGGUUAUUUGAAAACAAAUCCAAACCUCAAUAUAAAGAUUAUUGUGUUUGGUUAAAAAAUCAUUUAUUGCAAAAACAUCCGUGUAUUAUCACUGUUUAUCUUGAUGAUGAUGAAAAAGAUGAGGAUUAUGAUCAUAUAAUGCCAGCUAUUGGAAUUCAAUCUCAUUCAUCAAAGGAUUCUUAUGAUCCAAAUGAUAUUCUUUUCUUUUAUAAUUUAUUUCAUUUAAAAUUACUUGAAAGAAAAUUAAAUGUCAAUGAUAUGAUUCAAACACGAAAUAGUUGUCGAUGUCAAAUGAAGAAUGGUGGUUGUAUUCCACGUGAUAUUAAUUAUGGUUAUGCGAUUUUAGGUAUUAAAGAUGAUCAACAUGUUACAUUACCAAUUCAAUUAAAAGUCAAUGUAUCUGAUGAACCAAAUGUAUCAACUGGUUCACUUCCUAUUCUUAUGGAUGGAACAAUUCUUAUAUCAAAUCUUCAAUUCAAUCGAGAUUAUGUUCUUUUACGUUAUAAAACUCAUCGAUUUGUUCCAACAUCAGGUGAUAUUCAACAUUUUCUUCGUUCGAAUUAUCAAUUUCGACAUGAUUUUCGUGCAUCUCAAUCAACAUAUACUUAUCAUGAUCCUGAGAAAAUUCCAUCAAAUGGUUCAACUUAUUAUCGAUGUGUUCCUGCGAAAGAUAUUCAUUCGCAUAAAACUGAUGAAGAACUCUAA